AUGCCGCGCGCAGAAGUCGGAACUCCAAAGUAUCUCGCCAAUAAGAUGAAAUCCAAGGGCCUACAGCGCCUGCGGUGGUACUGCCAAGUCUGCGAGAAGCAGUGCCGAGAUGAGAACGGCUUCAAGUGCCAUGCUCAGUCUGAAGCCCAUCUUCGCCAAAUGCUUGUCGUCGGCGAGAAUGCCGGGCGGCAUAUUGCCGAUUUCUCGAGCCAGUUCCAGCAUGAUUUCGUCCAACUUCUAAGCAGACGAUAUAACACGAAACGCGUGCGUGUCAAUCAAGUCUACCAAGAAUUCAUCCAAGAUAAGAAUCACCUCCACAUGAACGCCACCCGCUGGGUGACUCUUACCGAGUUCGCUAAACAUUUAGGGCGCUCAGGUAUCGCGCGCGUGGAUGAGACCGAGAAAGGGUGGUUCAUUGCGUGGAUCGACAGCAGCCCGAAAGCUCUCGCAAAGCAAGAAGCCUCUAUGAAAAAGGAUCGAGCUACGCGGGACGAUGAACAGCGGGAGCGCACUCUGAUUGCAGAGCAGAUUGAGAGGGCAAAGUCGGAGAAAGAGGCAAGUGAUGAGGGAAGCGCGAGCCCCCCUGCCGGGGAGGGCCUCAAGAGAGAGGAGGGCGCAGAAAAGAUCGUUCUAUCAUUUUCUGCAAAGCCAGCGGCCACAUCAGAAACGCCCACAGCUGCUCCGAUAGGGCUGAAACUAACUGCCGUAAAGCCUGGAGUCAACCCUUUCAAAGUUAAUCCCUUAAAGCGGCCUAACGUCUUCAAGUCUGCUGCUCCUGUCAAGUCUGAGAGCUUAGAGGGUAGCGGUGAGAAUGAUAGGAAACGGCCGGCGCCGAUGUCAGCUGCAGAACGGCUUAUCAUGGAGGAGCAAGAGCGUAAACGCCGGCGGAUGGAUAGAGAAAGUGUAGCCUAA